AUGAGCUCGAACUUGGGUAGUGUCAGAACUGGAGCUAGCACUUUGAAAAGAGCGUCAAAUGCAGAAAUGAAUGCACAUAACGACGACUGGUAUAACGAGUCGUUCGAAAGAUUGUACGAGAUCUGGAAUCCUGCCCAGAAAGAGUACAGUGUUUCGAUAAGCUCCUUUGGAGGAUUGGGACCAACACUCACAACUAGACUUUCAAAAGCUUUGAAUACCUGCAAGUUCAGCUCGGUGAAGGUUGGCUCGACCUUUGUCAGCUUGGUGAAGAACUCUAACAGGCCGCUCCAGAACUCGAUGGUUGCCUUGUCUGUAAAGUCUGUGAGGUACUGGGAAUAUAGCUUAGUUAGGCCGUUGACAAUUAAUGUGAAGCUCUCGACCCAUUCGCCUGACAAGUUAUCCGAUGAUGGAAUCGUCAUAAUAAUAGGACUUAGCGUGAUAUCAUAG